UCUGCAGAUCAAGGCUCCGGAUGCAAAGCAAUGCCGUGGUGGACUUUCGAAUCGCCACCAACGCCUCUCAGCGCCAUCCCUUGAGUGAUCCACACCCCACAGUUACAUAUCUAUUAAAAUGGUUCGUCUUUCCUGUGAGCAUGGUGACUUCGAAGCUUGGGUGGAAAGUGGCGGCCAUCAACUGGAUGAAUACGGCGCCGAACAACCCACACCAAAUUCUCAAACUUGUCACAUACCAUCUGAAACCGGGAAGCCGUUUGCGGUCUGCUUUACGGCGUCUUGGAUGGCAGGAUACACCCUCUCAGUCUCGCUCUAUGCCGAUGGAGUGUAUGUAGGGGGUCGCGUAGUGAGACCAACAACCCUUGGCCAAGUGACCCGCAUAGACUCUGCUAUGGACAGUCCUUUAACGGAAAGACCGUGCAUUUUUGCGAGCUUACGCCUCACUGAUGACGAUACCGCUAUUCGGGGAGGCCCGUCGCUUGAGGAAAUGGGCACACUGAGGAUCACUAUCCAGCCAGUGGUAGAGACUGGACGUUCGCAGUUCUCUGGAUCAACUCGAAGCCUUCCUGGGGAUAACCCAAUCAACGAGAGAAGCAAGAAAGCUGGGUCUCAUGCCGUCAAGCUCGGAGAAGCCCGACUAAUCCGCAACCCCCGAUCCCUUAUAACCACAGUUCCCGUUAUGGGUACCGUACCUCACGAAAUUAUUUUCAAAUAUGCCCCUAUUGAUUUCCUGCAAGCCCAAGAAAUUGCCCCUCGUCAUGUGUCGGUCACUUCUGGACAGCAUUCAACGGACCAGGUCAAGGGCGAGCCCAGUAGUUCACUUGGCAAAAGCGGCCCUUCCACGGUCAAAGUGAAAAACGAGUCUAAGAAGCGCGUAAAAGAGGAGGAUCCUAUCGUAAUCUCGUCUGACGACGAUAGUCCGGCUCUAACCACUGAAGAACAGGACCAGUUAGCUCGUAUCAAGGCCAAGGCGAGAGGAGCACGGUCCUCCAAGAAGCCAAAACUCGAAAACUCGAGUCAAGUCGUCGUCCUCAGUGACUAGUCGGAAUACUUCUAGCAGGCUGACACGCAAGCUCGAUUCUUGUUGGCCUCUGGGAGGAACCGUCCACGUAUUUAUCCAUCAUAUCGUCGUGAUCUCGUUAUGGGUUCCGGAAGUGUAAAACCGGCGUAUUGUUGUAUUAUAAACUCUAGGAUUUAUAGGAUCCGUUCAGCUUUUUGCUCCAUGACGCCUU